UCCCCCCACAAGAGGAACACGCAGCCCGGCCUCCGGCCUGAGAGAUCAUGAAGCACCUCGGUAGAUCGGGAUAAAGAGCGACGCUUAAGGAGGUUGGAAGAGGAAGGGACUGUGGACUAAAUGCGUGGAAUGCUAAGCGAUGGCGAAGCACACUUGCUAUUCUCCCCGUGACUCCUGACUCCCCGUCACCCGCCUCCCAGCCCGGCCGUCGGGCUCCGAGCAGCAGCUCCUCCACCUCUCCUCCGUCGCUCCUCCCCUGAACCCCUGAACCCCUGAACCCCUUAGUCCGCUCCCACUCCGGUUCAGUCUGGCCGGCACGGCCCUCCCAGCCAAGGGGGAGGAGGACUUCCUCACGCUGGCUGGCUCUCGUCUCAGCCGCAAGAAGCGCGUGAUCGGGGCGGGGGUCGGCGUGGCCAUGGUGCUGGUGCUGCUGGUGGCCAUCCCCCUAUUGGUCCACACCACCAAGGGGGGGGGCUCCGGCGCGGCCCCCAGCCGCUACGAGAUGCUGGGCGGCUGCAAGAUGGUGUGCGACACCUUCACCCCCCCGCAGGGCGAGCUGACCGCCGCCUCCCCCCGGCCCCCCGACUUCCCGGGGCGGAAGGUCCAACCCGGGUUCCGCGGUAGUCCCGGACUUCCGGGUCCGACGGGCCCCAAAGGCCCCCCCGGAGAGCCCGGUAAGCCGGGUCCCGUCGGGCCCCCGGGACCCGGACCGGGGGGCUACGUCCCCUCCCUCUACAGCCUCAAGAUCGCGUUCUACGCCGGGCUCCGCAAGCAGCACGAGGGCAGCGAGGUGCUGAAGUUCGACGACGUGGUCACCAACGUGGGCAACUACUACGAGCCCAGCACGGGCAAGUUCACCUGCCCGCUGCCCGGCAUCUUCUUCUUCAGCUACCACGUGCUGAUGAGGGGCGGAGACGGCACCAGCAUGUGGGCCGACCUCAAGAAGAACGGGCAGGUGCGGGCCAGCGCCAUCGCCCAGGACGCCGACCAGAACUACGACUACGCCUCCAACAGCGUGAUCCUGCACCUGGACGUGGGCGACGAGGUGUGCGUGCAGCUGGACGGCGGCAAGGUCCACGGGGGGAACACCAACAAGUACAGCACCUUCUCCGGGUUCCUCAUCUACCCCGACUGACGGAGCCCGCCCCGCCCCGGAGCCCCCUCACACACACACACACACACACACACACACACACACACACACACACAGACAGACAGACAGACAGACACACAAACACA